CGCGCGACUCGAAGAGGACGGACGUGUCGGAGCAUUCGUCCGCGAAUUCCCUUAUUUCCGACAUUAUCAACGCAAUUACUUGUUUUCGCUCUAUUUUCCUUCGACUCGAGUCGAGCGAAAAUACAUUUUUCACCUCGCGGAAGUGGUGGAAACCCGCGGCGCGAGUUCCGGGAAGACACGGGGUUCCGGUGGCGGCGCUCGCGUCGUCGGAAGAGCGGAGAAGAGACAGAGGUGCGGUGUUGCGUGACUGAGACUGGGUGCGAGCGAUCGUAGCGCGUGUGUGUUUGUUGUGUUGCGAGAGCGUAUAUUUUAAGCGAGAGAGGUACUUUCAAUUCUUCGUAUUCUUCUUUUCGCGUGAACGCGCGGGGAUCCGAGCGAACGGAGCUCGAAGGAAGAAACGAUCGGCGAGAAACGAAGAAAGAAGAGUGAACGAGUGAGCGAGAGCGAAAGAGAGAGAGAGAGAACGAGCGAACGAGCGAGAGAGAAGGGGAGCACGCUUCGGUAGGAGCGAGAGACACGACGGAAAGAGAAAGAGAGAGAGUGCGUCGUCCCCUGCAGUAGCUUCAUCCAUCCCCACGGACGUAGAUACACAGCAUGUCGUCCUACAUCCAAGUCGCCGAGGACGAGGGCGAGGAGCCCAUCGAGCUGCCCACCGAGGACGACACCACGCUCCUGCUCACCACCCUGUCCGCCCAAUUUCCCGGCACCUGCGGCCUCAAAUACCGCAAUCCCGAGUCCCGGACGAUGCGAGGAGUCCGCCUCGUCGACGGCCGUCUACAUCCGCCCGAGAACGGCUGGGGCAAGGCGAUUUACUUCUGCGUGUUCCCCAAAGAGAACAAACGUAAAUCUGAUGACAAUUUGGAAAAUUCCACAGCUAAGACUAAAAGAAUGGAAACGAAGUUGCGUUGCACUGAUUUGAUUGUACUCGGUUUGCCAUGGAAAACUACCGAACAGAACUUGCGCGAGUAUUUCGAAACGUUUGGUGAAGUUUUAAUGGCUCAGGUAAAAAAAGAUGCAAAAUCCGGGCAAAGCAAAGGAUUUGGCUUUAUUAGAUUUGGAAGUUAUGAAUCGCAGUUGAGAUGCCUCGCUCAACGUCAUAUGAUAGAUGGCAGAUGGUGCGAUGUCAAGGUUCCCAACAGUAAGAAUAUUGAUGGCUUAAUGAUGGCACGUCAUUAUGAUACGGGUAAGCACGGUAGCGAGUGCUACCGACCUAUACCGGUGCACACGCCGAGUAAUCGCCGAGUGCCGGCGUCGAAGCCUUACGUAGCCAGCGUAAACUCGUCGGCGUCGUCGUCGUCCGAGGCCGCUCCGCCACCGAGCGCAGCGCCUCUUCCUCGAUACGACUCGGAAUACGAUUACAAAACCACCCACUACCCGUCGUAUCCCCCGAAUUAUCCCUACGAAGAUAACAAGUACAAGUACGAAGGCAACGGCGGUGGUGGUGGUGGUGGCGGAGGCGGAGGUGGAGGUGGUGGUGGUCAUCAGCAACAAGCACCGCAAUACAACGCCUACAGCGAGAAGCAGCAGCCUGGUUACGCCGUCUACGAGGAAUCAUCCCCUGCCUACGACUCACGCGGCUACAACAUGGUGGCACCUCCUCAUGCGACCGCCGUCGUUCCCGGGGCUCCGGCUGCCAACCCGACGUAUCCACCGUCCGACGCGGAAUACGGACCCAGGUAUUACGGCGUCGAGGGACGCGCCCCGUAUCCGGUCGUCACCGACUGUCCGGAACAGCAACAGCAGCAAUAUUCUGACAAGGGAAGGUACAGCAGCAAUUACGGGUACGAGCAACGUUGCUACUACGAUCAUCAGCAGGUGGACGGUCGUUACUCGGCCGCUCCGGCACCCGGGGAUUGCAGAUACGCCAUGGAGGUGCGUUACGCGGACGUGAGGCAUCCGGACGGUCAUCAUCGGCAUCCGCCAGCGGUCGAACCGGGCGGUCGAGAGGCGGCUGACGCCUGCAGAUAUCUGGCAGCAGACGGUCGCGAGUUGGACAGACGCUAUGUCGUCGACGGUACUGUCAGGGAACACGUUGUCGUGGACGGCAGGUAUGCAAUGGACGGCCGCGAGAUCGACGGUCGUCAUUACGUCACACCCGACAGCCGGGACCCCACCGUCGUCGACGGCAGAUACGCCGAUCCAACGAGGUAUCCGGCGAAGGAGAACUAUUACGAUCGUUAUUACAAGCAUCGGCCGUCGAGGGAUCAUCAUCAUCAUCAUCACCACGUCGCGGACACGAGAUACUAACCACUCGGGGGAAAGCUCUCUCGUGACUAUUCGUAAAUACAAUCGAUCAUGUUUCAAUGGGAAUAUUAGGUCGUCGUGUUUCCAGGUUUUUUUUUGUCUCUCUACCUGCAUUCGAUACAUUCCUCAACCGAAAUUUAUUUAUACCACGUAUCUAUGAGCGCUAAGAUUUAUAUAUUAUUGUAUAUUUAAUUCUGACAUUACAGGGUGCCUCCUUUU